CUGACGCUCUUGCAGAAGCAGAUUCGCUUUUUCUCCCCUAUUUUUCUUACUCUGGAGGAAUCUAAUUGUUGAUUUCACGGCGAAAUGAAGCACUUCAUGUUGCCAAGAAACGCUAUCUUGCGCGACGGCGGAGAGCCGCCGCACUCGCCGAGCCCUAGUUUGUCGAAAUCGAAACCCCCACGCAAAACUAGAUCCGCCAAAGAAAACGCUCCGCCUCCUGAGCACAACUCGUUUACCCUCGACCAUAGGCCGGCGACGAAGAUGAAGAGUCCGUUGCCUCCGCGUCCGCCGCCGUCGUCUAAUCCUCUCAAACGGAAGCUCUCUGCGGAGGCUGCGGCGGAAAACGUCGUUACUGGAGUUUCUGACUCUGGUGUCAAGGUUAUAGUUAGAGUGAAGCCUCCAAACAAAGGUGAGGAAAGCGAUAUGGUUGUACAAAAGAUAGCAAAAGAUUCCCUUACAAUUAGUGGGCAAACUUUCACAUUCGACUCAAUUGCUGAUCCAGAGUCAACACAGGAGCAAAUGUUUCAGCUUGUGGGAGCGACUCUUGUUGAAAAUUGUCUAUCUGGGUUUAACAGUUCUGUAUUUGCCUAUGGACAGACUGGGAGCGGGAAAACGUAUACCAUGUGGGGUCCUGCAAAUGGAUUGUUGAAAGAGCACCUCAGUGGUGAUCAAAGAGGUUUGACCCCACGCGUCUUUGAACGCCUGUUUGCCCGAAUCAAAGAGGAACAAGUCAAGCAUGCUGAGAGGCAACUCAAUUACCAGUGCCGCUGUUCAUUACUCGAGAUUUACAACGAGCAAAUAACAGAUUUACUGGAUCCGAGCCAGAAAAAUCUGAUGAUUAGAGAAGAUGUUAAGUCAGGUGUUUAUGUUGAAAAUCUGACUGAGGAAUACGUGAAUAACUUGACAGAUGUGUCACAGCUUCUGAUUAAGGGUUUGGGAAAUAGAAGGACUGGUGCAACGAGUGUGAAUGCAGAGAGUUCAAGGUCACAUUGUGUAUUUACUUGUGUUGUUGAAUCCCGAUGCAAGAACGUUCCAGAUGGGUUAAGCAGCUUUAAGACAAGCAGAAUAAACCUUGUUGAUCUGGCUGGUUCUGAACGACAAAAAUUAACUGGUGCAGCAGGAGAACGUCUGAAAGAAGCUGGGAAUAUUAAUCGAUCGCUCUCUCAGCUUGGGAACUUGAUAAACAUACUCGCAGAGAUUUCUCAAACAGGGAAGCCAAGGCAUAUACCUUAUAGGGAUUCCAAGUUAACAUUUUUACUGCAAGAGUCUCUUGGUGGAAAUGCAAAGUUGGCGAUGGUUUGUGCAAUUUCUCCGUCAUUGAGUUCCAAGAGCGAAACCUUCAGCACCUUAAGAUUUGCUCAGCGUGCAAAGGCAAUACGGAAUAAGGCUGUCGUCAAUGAAGUGAUGCAAGAUGAUGUAAAUUUCUUGCGUGGAGUAAUACGGCAGCUGAAGGAUGAACUACAAAGGAUGAAGGAUGAUGGAAAUAAUCCAAGCAAUCCAAAUGUAGCUUAUUCCUCUGCGUGGAAUGCACGUAGAAGUUUGAGUAUAUUAAGAAGCUUUGGUCUGGGUCAUCCAAGAACCUUACCUCAUGAAGAUGAUGACGGAGAUAUUGAGAUGGAAAUUGAUGAGGCUGCUGUUGAAAGGCUUUGUGUUCAAGUGGGUCUGCAAUCAUCUUCAGCUUCCAAGGAUAUGAACAGAGUAGAGAGUAUACGUACAUCCCUACAAACCCGUGAGGAGGGAACAUACAACAAAUCGCAUCCUAAAUCAUCUGAUGGCCAAUCCACAGAAAAGCGAUCUCCUGAGGACACAGAUGUUGCCAUGGAGGAUGCUUGUUCUCAAUCUGAGAACCAUGAACCAGAAACAGUGGUUAAUGUGAGAACUGACACAGAGACCGGCAUCACAGCAGAUCAGAUCAAGACACCCUUGCAAACUUUGGAUCACGACUCCAAUUUGCAGCCUCUUUCAAUCAAUGAUGCUCUUUGUUCUCCACUGAACGAGACAGAGGAUGUGCCAUCAUGCCCUGACUUGGUCCCGGAAGACGGUGCUUCUGCAAAUGCAUUGAGAGCUGAUGGAGUAAAUGAUCCAGAGCACUUAGUAAAUUCUGCAUCUCCUAGUCUUUGUGUAGGUCCAGUUGGUACUGCUCCUGUAUUAAAAUCUCCCACACAGAGCGUCUCCCCUACAAUUAGAAAUAGCAGGAAAAGCUUGAGGACAUCGGAAAUGUCAACAGCAUCUCAGAAGGAUACUGAGGGAGAUAAGUUAGUUAUGGAUCCUGCGGACCCAUCUCCGGCUAUAUCCAAAAUGAUGAUGAAUAACUGUUCUAGUGCUGUGUCUACACAGAAGAGCAAAGUUUUUCCUGUACGGACCGAGCGUUUGGCAGCUAGCCUCCACAAAGGAAUUAAACUUCUUGAGUCGUAUAGCCAGAGUACAGCUCAAAGACGAUCGACGUUCAGGUUUUCCUUCAAAGCUCCAGAUAGUAAGCCUUCAACCUUCAUAAGUAAGGCGGAUGUAGGUGUGCAGACCUUUCCUGAAGCUGAUACAACAUCAGAGGAGAAUACAAAAGAAUUUCUGUGCAGUAAAUGCAAAUGCAGAGAAAAAUUUGAUGUCCAGCAAAUGGGUGACGUGCCGAAUCUUCAGUUAGUGCCUGUUGACAACCCGGAAUUGACAGAAAAAUCCAAGAGCCAAGUUCCCAAAGCAGUGGAAAGGGUUCUAGCAGGAUCUAUCAGGAGGGAAAUGGCUCUUGAAGAGUUCUGUACUAAACAAGCCUCUGAGAUAACCCAGCUUAAUCGACUGGUACAACAAUACAAACAUGAGAGGGAGUGCAAUGCCAUCAUAGGACAAACAAGGGAGGACAAAAUCAUUCGCCUUGAAAGCCUUAUGGAUGGGGUAUUAUCUAAGGAGGAUUUCCUGGAUGAAGAAUUUGCUUCUCUUCUGCAUGAACAUAAGCUUCUGAAGGACAUGUAUCAGAAUCACCCUGAAGUGCUGCAGACGAAGAUUGAGUUGGAACGAGCGCAAGAAGAGGUCGAGUGUUUCAGGAACUUUUAUGGUGACAUGGGAGAAAGGGAAGUGUUGUUGGAAGAGAUUCAGGAUUUGAAGAUGCAGCUACAAUGUUACAUUGACCCUUCUCUUACAUCAGCUAGGAAAACAUGUUCCCUGCUUAAGCUUUCAUACCAGGCUCCCCCAGCUACCACGAUUGUUCCUGAAUCACUGAACAAGAGUCUUGAGAAGACAUUAGAACAGGAAAGACUUCGUUGGACUGAGGCAGAGACCCAAUGGAUUUCUCUCGCCGAGGAAUUGAGAACCGAGCUUGAAGCCAGUAAAGUGGUGAUGAAUAAGCAGAAACAUGAACUUGAUAUCGAGAAAAGAUGUGCGGAAGAGUUGAAAGAAGCGAUGCAGAUGGCCAUGCAAGGGCACGCGAGGAUGCUCGAACAAUACGCAGACCUGGAAGAGAAGCAUAUGCAAUUGCUUGCGAGACAUAGAAGGAUUCAAGAAGGAAUCGACGACGUUAAAAAAGCAGCUGCGAAAGCCGGAGUCAGAGGAGCAGAGUCCAGAUUCAUAAACUCACUUGCAUCAGAAAUCUCGGCCUUGAAGGUAGAGAGAGAGAAGGAGAGACAAUACUUGAGAGAUGAGAACAAAAGUCUCCAGACACAGCUAAGAGACACAGCUGAAGCCGUACAAGCAGCUGGAGAGUUACUUGUUCGGCUUAAAGAAGCUGAAGAAGGCUUGUCAGUUGCGCAGAAACGAGCGAUGGAUGCAGAGUACGAAGCUGCAGAAGCAUAUAGAAAGAUUGACAAGCUCAAGAGGAAGCAUGAAAACGAAAUCAACACACUUAACCAAUCUCAUAUGCACAAAGAAUGUUCUACCAAAUGUGAUCAAGCCGUGGAACCAUCGGCUGAUGCAAAUGAGCAGCAAUGGAGAGAUGAGUUUGAGCCGCUUUACGAGAAAGAAGCCGAGUUUUCAAAGCUUGGUGAACCUUCUUGGUUCUCGGGUUACGACCGGUGCAACAUUUAAUUCUAACUUGCCACUACUAUUUUUGUGUAAUGUGUAUAAAAAUGGGUGUCUGAUUCUGUGAUGAUGUAAAAGUCCAAAAAAAAGGUUGCACUUGCUUCACACAAACUCAUUCUAAUCUUUAUCUCAAAUCUAGUAUGAUCUGAUCCAUCAGUUUACACAACUUAA